AGCUUGCAGCGAAAUCUACUGUAUUCACACCGGUCACCAUUGAAACGACAUGGAUGCCUUGCUUCCUCACGUUUACCAUGAAAAGCAAGAACCUGGCACGAUGACGUGUGGUCAGUAUGCCCUCAACGCUCUCCUUCAGGGGCAUUAUUUUGGAGAAGAAGACCUCGCGAACAUCGGUCGUGGGCUGGACCACGCCGAGCAUCACAUCGAGGUCGACGCCUCUGGCCGCGCAAGCAGCAACGUGGACGAGACUGGAUUCUUUUCUGUCCAGGUGCUUGAACAAGCUCUCCAGGUAUGGAAUCUGUCACUCGAUAAUUGGCGAAGCGCCGAGAUGCGGCCUUUUAAUUCUCGUCCAGAAGAUCAGUUCGCUUUUGUGCUUAAUCAUGCUCAGCAUUGGUUCAUCAUUCGCCGUUUCGGGCCUCCUCCUGGUUACUGGUACAACCUCAAUUCUUUCCACGACGCACAAUGGCUCAGUCACACUUAUCUCGGCAUGUUCCUCAAUCAAGCUGAAACGGAAGGCUACACUAUCUUCGCAGUGCGCCCACUCAAUCCUGAGGCGCCUAAUGCCAUCCCUAUAUGCCCAGCAGACGAAAUCGCCACCGAUUUGCUCACUCUUUACGGACCCACAUCGCACGCUCCCACGGCACAACAAAUGGAGAGUCUGGCCACCGGCGUGCCGAUACCCUCGGAAGAUGAUGUUGAACUAGCCGCUGCGAUAGCUGCCUCAUUACAAGACACGGGCAAGUCAGACCCUGUCGUAUCGGACCGGAGCCCGGCGGAGGAUCGAUAUGCCGAAGUGUCGGGCUAUCAAGCAGCCUCUAUGGAUUCACUGUUCGACAUGGCUGCUGCACGACACGCGCCAGCCCCGCCUGAACCUCGGGCUGGACCAUCAAGAGCUCCGGACAUGGACACCGAUGUGUCUGAUGCACAGCUCGCUGAAAGUGUUUCCAGAAGCACUGCUGCCUUGCAGAAGUUCCGCAUGUCAUCGGCAGAGGAUCUUCCGGAGGCGGCGCCGUCAUCUAACCGGAAACGUAAUGCUGGCAGCGAACACGGUGCUCCUAAGCGCCGUCGCACAGCUGGGGAUGACGACGAGGAAGAAACGAUGCGUCGCGCGUUGGCUGCCAGCAGGACUGAAGGAGAUGCAUAUCUUGAGGGCGACGAUGUUGACGACGCCGAGGAUGCAGACAAGACAUACGACCUUGGACCAUUUGCGCGUGGAGCGCAUGGUCAGGUUCAGCCUGUACGCGCUGAGGACCGAGUUUUGGAUGAUGAAGACAUGGAGCUUCAGGCUGCUCUGCGAGCGAGCCUGGAGGAUCCAUCGGCGGCCGGCGUCCUCACGAUACCGGAAGAGGUCAUGCCAGUCAGGACGAGCUCCUCAGGUUCUGGCACUCCGGCCGUACCAACGCCCGCCAUUGCUACCCCGGCAACACCGCCGCCACCUGGCGCCAUUACUGUGCAAGAAACUGAGACUGAGGAAGUGCCGGAGGAUGAAGACGAAGAAGACGAGCGCGUACAGCCUCAAUCUGAAAGUGCGGAGCCAAGCUUGGAAGAGAUCAGAGCACGUCGUCUAGCACGAUUCGGUGCCUAACGUGUUAUACAUAUGGAAUGACACGUCG